GGGGCGGGGGCAUGCGCAGUGCGGGCGGCCUCUCACCCCGCUCAGCUAUGCCAAGUAUGUGCGCGGCGGCAGCGCCGCGGCAGCCGGGAUUCCGCGGAGCCACGCCGCCAUGGGGCAGCGCGGCCGGGGGCCGCCGCCGCUCCUCCCGGGGGCCGCCGGCAGCCGCACGCCGCCGGGCAGCGGGCGCUGAGGGCGGGCAGCGAGCGGGCAGGCAUGGCUGAGCCGCUCCGCAGGACCCUCUCCAAGCUCCGCGGCAGGAGGUCCCAGCGCGGGGCGGCGGGCGGCGGGCACCGCCACGGCGGGACCUGCGCCCCGCAGGCAGAUUUAAUUGAAAAUGUUUACAUAGCUCCACGAAGCAGGAAAGAACCCAAGUCUCCGAAGGCAAGCGAGGUCCCCGAGCACCGGCCACAGAUGAACAGCAUUACUGUUUCCAAGAAACGCAACUGGCUGCACCAGAGCACUCACAGAGCCCCUUGCCCAGAGGGAGAAAGCACAUGUAAGAAAAUGCAGGGGGCUGUCACCCAGGUACCCAAGUCUCCCAGCCCACAGCCUACACCUAAAAGUCAGAGGGCUCCUGCCAAGUCCCCGGGAGUGCAGGAGUGCCCCGUACCUGGCUGUGGUGCCGUGAGCGCCCUUCCGAGCGCUGCGGGCUCCACCGUGCUGAGACGCUGUGCCUUUGACUUCGGUGAGGAUAAUGAUGCAGACGAUGAAGGAGAAAUAUGGUACAAUCCCAUUCCUGAAGAUGACGAGCCAGACAUCCUGCGAGUCCUCCAUCCUCCUGCAAAUAACCCCGUCACCACGGACUGCCCUGCGGGCUGCUGCAAAAGUGUGCCCAGCAGGGACUUGGGGCGGGAGCUGGGGCCCCACGCUGGUCCCCCGGGUUUCCCAGAGCAUGAAGGGGACACUCAGCCUGGUGAGCUGGGUCCAGCUGAUGCCGUGCAACCUGGGGAGCAUCUGCAGCAGCAGCGGCAGAGGUUUGCCUGCAAGACCCAGGGCGUGCCGGCAGCAGAAGACAAUCCUGCAUUCAGGUGCCCUUCAACAGGGUCUGGAGUUACACUUGCACACAAGGCCGAUAUACCAUCAACAGAAGUUUCUCCUCCAAGUCCCAGUCCCUUGAAAAAAAGCGGAUCCAUCAACUGGCCCUUCCCUGAUAGAAUUAAAUCUCCCAGAACUGUGAGGAAACUUUCCAUGAAAAUGAAAAAGCUGCCAGAGCUCAGCAGGAAGCUGAGUGUCAAGGGAACUUCAAGCCAUAAUAGUUCAGAUAAUCCUUCUUCCCUGUUGAAAGGGAACUGUCGGGAUACAAGCCAUACAACAUCUUUGCCCUCUUCUGGAAACUCGACUGCAGCUGCCAGCAGGAACGUGAUAAGUCGUUACCAUCUCGACAGCAGCGUGUCGUCGCAGCAUACCUACAAAAAGAAAAGCUCGAGGAGCUCCAAAUCCUCCAGCAAAGGUGGUUACCUCAGUGAUGGUGAUUCUCCUGAACUUGUAACAAAAUCAGGUAAACACGGACAUGAGACUAAGUGUGGGAAAGGAAAGGAGAAUCUUCCUAGUAACAGUGGUAAAACUGAGAUAGAUAUUGAUGCUUUCAGGCACUACAACUUUUCUGAUCAACCCAAGUGUUCUCAGUACAUCUCUGGACUCAUGAGCAUUCACUUUUAUGGUGCCGAAGACUUGAAACCACCAAGAAUAGACUCUAAAGAUGUCUUUUGUGCAAUACAGGUUGAUUCAGUAAACAAAGCAAGAACAGCCCUGCUUACAUGCAGGACAACAUUUCUAGAUAUGGACCACACGUUCAACAUAGAAAUUGAAAAUGCUCAGCACUUAAAGCUAGUGGUGUUCAGCUGGGAACCCACCCCGCGGAAAAACCGUGUGUGUUGUCACGGCACUGUGGCUCUUCCUACUCUCUUUCGAGUGACAAAGACACAUCAGCUGGCUGUCAGACUGGAGCCAAGGGGACUUAUUUAUGUCAAGCUGUCACUUAUGGAACAGUGGGAGAACUCCCUUGAUGGUAUGGAUGCAGAUCGGGAGCCAGUGAUGUUCGGCGUAGAUGCUCGAAAAGUUGUAGAGAAGGAAAAUACAGGCUUGAUGGUACCACUUCUAAUUCAGAAAUGUAUUAUGGAGAUUGAAAAGAGAGGAUGUCAGGUUGUAGGUCUGUAUCGGCUGUGUGGCUCAGCAGCAGUUAAGAAGGAGCUUCGAGAGGCAUUUGAGAGGGACAGCAAGGCCAUUACUCUCUCUGAAAGCCAGUACCCAGACAUUAAUGUGAUAACAGGCGUUCUAAAGGAUUACCUGCGAGAGCUACCCUCGCCUCUCAUAACUAAGCAGCUCUAUGAAGCAGUGGUGGAUGCCAUGGUGAAAAAUCCCCUGAAAAUGGCAGCGAGUGGUUGUGAAAAUGACCCAGGUGACUCUGAGCACACAGUGGCCCUUCUGGAUUGCCUGCCAGAUGUUGAGAAGGCUACCCUGAGGAUGCUGUUGGAUCACCUGAAACUGGUGGCUUCGUACCAUGAAGUAAAUAAGAUGACGUGCCAGAACUUAGCUGUGUGUUUUGGGCCAGUGUUACUGAGCCAGAAGCAGGAGACCACCAACCAUAACAACAGAGUCUUCACAGACUCAGAGGAGCUUGCUAGUGCCCUGGACUUCAAAAAGCACAUAGAAGUUCUUCACUAUUUACUCCAGCUAUGGCCAGUACAUCACUCAGCUGCCCAGGAACCGGCACAUCCAAACACACUUCCAGAACACCCCUCAUCCCUGAACUACCUGAGGCCCAGGAGGCCACGGCCUCAAAUGCUGAAUCUGAGCAGCGCUGACAUGGCUGGGGUGCUCAGGCCCAGGCCGGCCGGCCUUGACAGCCCUUCGAGCAACCGCUACGCUGGCGACUGGAGCAGUUGUGGGGAGAACUACUUCUCAGACCCAAAAGACUGCCUGAGUGAAGCAGACUACGAUUACGUCCCCUCGGAGGAUGCAGAAAGCGGAGAUGAUGGCGGCAGAGUGGAUGACUCGGACGGCCUCACGACGUGCCCGCAGCCUGUCCCCGGAGAGCACGCCUUUCAGAGCUACCUGACAAUGCAGGCCAUAGAUUCGGCGGUGGACCAAAGAGCAAACCUCAAAGACCUACAGGAAAGUAUCGAUACCCUGAUAGGAAACCUGGAAAGGGAACUCAACAAAAACAAACUAAACAUGAGUUGCUAAGCCCUGUCCUGCACGAUGCCUCCUUGCAGUGCCUCUGCCCCUCACUGGGCUCACCCUGCAGUGCUGUGAGGGGUGCCGGUGCCCUUGGAAGAGCUGCCACAAGACCAUGGCCCACCUUGUGUUAACGAGUCUGUUUAAAGGCAUUCCGUUAUAUUUCUGCGUUCUCAGUGGAAGAGCGUGUUGGCCUGAUUCUGGUGUUUAAGGCUUGGAAACCAUAGAGUGAUUCCACGUAGUGGCAUUUCUCCCUGAAAAUGCUAUGCACUUAGGUGGUUUGGGCAAUAUCUGACAGAGGAGAAAUCAACAUCUCUGCUGUCUGUAACAGCAGGAAUCCUUGUUCCUGAAACUUUAGCUCUGGUACAGAAGUUCCUCUUGGAAGAGGAUUUAUGCUGCUUGGCCUGAGUUUUGCAGCAUCAACUUUAGAUAGACUCAUUUUACUAUAUAUGCAAUGGCUGCUAUGAAAAAUGCUUUAUAUAUAAAAAAAAUAUUUAUAUAUAAAGUUUUAAUUGUACAAAUAUUAAUGUAUUCAUGUAUUAACACUUUUCAAUAAUUAUUUAAACAAGCUAAAAUUAAAUAUUUUUCUAACCUUGUAUACAUCUGUGUAUAAAUGUGCAUGUCUCUGUAGCAGCCUUUGGAAAGGUCUCCGAAUUUUGAAACAGUCCCAUUUCUGAGAAGACUUGUUCAGUGAAGCCAAGAUGAAGCUACCCCUGGAGUAGCACAGCAUUUGAUUUAUGCACAGAAACAUGUUCAGAGGAAGGCACGGUGAAUGAUUAAUAUAAACGACUUUGUGUUGCAGGGCAUUGGUUUGCAGGUGUUGACUGUUAACCUCCCGCCCCCUCCCCCCCCCCCCAGAUUUCUGGCAGUGAACUUUUCUGCUGCCUUUAAGGGUGACCAGCACGCACAGCAAGGAGAUUAAGGCAUGAUUCUUUAUUUUUUGUUCUUCAGAUUUUUCUAUAUAUAUAUAUAUAUUUUUUUUUCAUGUAAAGAAGGCCUGAAAGGUGCUUACUUCCUAUUUUAAAGACAUUUGGUUUGUCCCUGUAACCUCUUCCCAUGUUCUUGAUGCUUUGACACUUUUUGCUCCAGAGUUUCCUGUGUCUGUGUUGAGCUACUGCUGGCUGCUGGUAGCAGUGUUUGAGCCCUCUGGAGAUGCGAGCUCAGAUUCCUCACAGCAGCAGUUAUUUUUUCGGAGCCUUUAGUUAAUCUCCCCAGAAUGGAACCCUGGGCUGUCCCACAGGGCCGAGUGGCAGAGUGGUGUUACUCCCGGGGAGCUGCAGUGGGAUCGCAGUUCACUGCGGCUCCGUUAGAUUCAGCUGUCAGCGUGCUGUCAGAUCAACGUUUAUCCUUAGUCAUUGGUGUGUGGUGAGUAAUUAAACAUUUGAUGGUAAAAAAACACAAUCUGUGUUUAAUUAAGAAUAAUUACCAAAUUACAUAAAGUUACUGUGAUAGCCCCUCCAACAAACAGGAGACAUGGAGUCAACCCUUCUUUACAGGUCACCCUUGGUGAGGAGCGGGGGAUUUGGGGGAGAGCUGGUGAGAUGGUUAUUUGUUCUGAGAUGUCAAGUCUUUUUCAACUGGCAGGUUAGAAUUAUUUUUAUGUUUUCGGUACAAUGGUGGCAUCCCACCAUGGCUUCAUGUGGGUAAGUGCUCUUCUGCCAACCCAUACUUCCUUAUAUUGCUUAGUUGAAGAGUUAUUUAUUUACAAUAGCAAGGAAUUAAGGAUUGUUAUGACAAACUUCAUCCCUCUUUUCUAAGGAAUUAUUUUAAAAUGGUUUCAAAUGGUUUAUUCAAUCUCAUUAAUUUAUUUUUUGUAAGUGUUAAAAGAUGCAAAACAAUUAUUGCAAUAUAAUGAUAAUGUAUGAAAAUGUAAAUUUAACCUGAAGCAUUUAUCAAUAAAUCAAUGUAUUUUUUUAAACUUUUA